CCAUCUUUAGAAUAGGUACAACUUCCACCGCCGUCACCGAUUUCUAUGUUUCCUUGACCUCUCAAAGGCCCGUUGUAACUCUACAGAUUUUCCAGGAUGGCUAUAGCAGCAGUCGGCCAAAUAUGCUCGACAGCAAGCAUGACCCAUAAUCUCUCUCAAUGCGUCACUCUCAUCCAGAAGGCCGCAUCCGCUGGCGCAAAGGCUCUCUUCCUCCCCGAAGCAAGCGACUACAUUGCGCCCACAGCCGCUGAAACCAUCUCCCUAGUUCAGCCCGCCUCCACAUCCCCCUUCGUCCUCGGCCUGCGCUCUGCCGCCCGCGCCGCGUCCCUGCCCAUUUCCGUCGGCAUCCAUGAACCCUCCACAUCCAGCAAACGCGUGAAAAACAUCCUCAUCUGGAUCGAUGCCAACGGCGAAAUUGCCCACAGGUACCAGAAGCUGCAUCUCUUUGACGUCGAGAUCAAAGACGGCCCGAUCCUUAAAGAGAGUAACUCGGUCGAGCCUGGCAUGGAGAUCCCAGAGCCAUUCGACAGCGCUGUGGGCAAGGUUGGGAGCAUGAUUUGCUUCGAUCUCAGAUUCCCGGAGAUCUCGCUUGCGUUGAGGAAAAGGGGCGCGCAAUUGCUGUUGUAUCCAAGUGCUUUCACAGUCCCCACGGGAAUCGCCCACUGGAGUACAUUGUUAAGAGCGAGGGCCGUGGAAACACAGAGCUAUGUUAUUGCAGCGGCCCAGUGUGGGAUGCAUAAUGAGGCGGGGACACGAAGGAGCUAUGGGCACAGUGUUAUUGUUGAUCCUUGGGGCAAGGUGAUAGCGGAGCUAGGGGGUGCUGCCGAAGAUGGGUCGUGGAAAGAGCCGGAGAUAGCCGUAGCAGACAUCGAUUUGGAUUACUUGGAGAAGGUAAGGAGAGAGAUGCCGCUUUUGCGGAGAACAGAUGUAUACCCAGAGAUCAAAUGAGUGGCAAUAGUACCUCCCCCCUUUUCCCUCUCUCCAACAGGCUUCUUGCUUCUUCUGCCCCUUCACGUCUUUGACUCGUUGCCUCUUUAACCCUUUCGUCUACGGUAUCAAACUGAUCCGACACUUCAAAUGUCUGGCC